AUGACUGAAGAACCUCCUGCUUCAAGAGGUUUGAUUGGGGAGUUAUGGCUUAGGCCAUCUGUGUUCAAACAUCUGAGAGUUUACUCUUUCAAAUUGUUGCCAUAUACUUCAGGUGCUUUGCCUCAAGCAUUUAGGUACCAAAAGAACCAGUACAAUGUGUUUGAGGUAAACCAGACUGGCUAUGACAACUGCACCACUGAAGGUGCAGUUGGAAACUGGAGCAGUGGCAAAGAUUUCAUACCCCUCAACGAUGCCAAGAGGUAUUACUUCAUUUGUGGCAAUGGUCAGUGCUAUAGUGGAAUGAAGGUAUCUGUUCUUGUCCAUCCUCUGCCGCCGCCCCCAUCUUCCUCCAUCACACAUUCGAAUUCCUCAUCGGAUUCUGCUGUCCCUGUGGUUCUGCAGCAGAAAGGAUUCGGGGUUCUCAUUGUGUCUUUUGCUAUCAGUUGGCUUGGAUCUGGGUGGAUGUAG